AAUGGCUUUUCGUGGUUAUGGAAAACCAAAAACAAUUUAGUUUUAAACCUAUAUCUAAAAAUGAAACUUUCCUUCUAUCAUAUGACGAAAUGCAGGAUAAACUUAGCGAACUAGAUUCUGUAAGCUUUUCUAGAGCUCGAAAAAGAAGGGAAAGCGCCGCAAUUUUUGAUAGAUUAAAUGAAGAUAUAAAUAAUUCUCUCAAUAAUGAAACAAGACGAAAUGCCUCUACUCUACAAAAACGGUCAAAUCAAGGUUUGGCAUCAACCGAUAACACAAACGACGAAUCACUGCUUAUUGAACAACGUGCACGAACUACUUUGAACCAGUUUAAAGAAGUGAUGUCUAAAUUUAAAAUGACAAAUGUUAAUGCGCAACCACUACCCGUUAAAUCUGCUUCAAAACCGGAGUUGGUGGCAAACUUGUCUCAUAUAAAAUGUCCGGAUGAUGUUGUAUGUUUGGUUAACCAUCAUUUGUAUUCUCCGAUCGGAAUACAUAGGACUUAUCCUGCGCAAGAAAUUAAAAUACGAGAGCAACUCAACAUUGAUGUUAAUGAUAAUGAUUCACCAUUAAGGGAACAUGCUACAAAAGAAUUUGACCAAUCUAGACUUUUUACAAGAUAUGAGAAACGAGAACUCUCAAUUCAAAAAAAUGAAAUAACAAAGGUAUCUAUGGAUUUUCAACAGCCAGUACUUUUGGGAAAUAUAUCUAGGGAAUCAACCAUUGAUAAAGGGAUGAUUCUAAGAUGUGAAAACAAAUUUAGUUUGGAUUCUUUGAUUCAUUCCCAAAAGCCUGAGAAUAAUUCAAAAAAUAAAGGAAUGACAUCAAAAGCUUUAUAUAAAUCUGUUUCAAUAUCAAAUAACGAAAAGCAAAGAAAUAUGAAACCAAAUAAUGAAUCAUCAACUGAAAAUUUAGAUGAAAGAAAUGAAUUUCGAAAAAGAAAGAAUGAAAAGCCUUUAUCACCACAUUUGAGUUAUAUAAACGAUUCAAGUAAGAUAGUCUACAUAAUUAAAUUCGGUAAUUUGAAAUCAAUAAUUUUACAUUUCCCUUUCGUUUCAGAUAAAAUUCAAGCCAUAUCAGGCAUAUCUACAGCAGCCAAAAAAGUGAAGAAGACUCAACCAUCAAAUUUGAGAGCACCAACUUCCAUCUCACGUUUGAAAAAGAAAGUUGGCUCUUUGAAUAGCUCAAAUAUGGAUGGUUUUAAAGCCUCAACUAAUUCACAAUUGCGUCGAACCUCUAAUACUAAACAAUGGAAAUAAGUUUAUUGUGAAUGAGUUUAGUUAACAUAAAAUGGGAUGUUAUUGCUAUACACUUUCUCUGACUAUUUAUAGGGUUAAUAUUCAAUUCGUUAACUCGUUAACCAUUUGCAAUUGAUUAAAAAAUAAUACGUAUUUUUACGACAAAAUUCUGUAGAAAUUCUUGAACCUAUGCUCGACUAGUAACAAUUAAAAAUCCCAUUACGGACCGAGUUCAUAAUUUCUUUUUUAUCUUAUCAGGUUUUUGCACUGCCUUCUUGUCUCCUAGAUGACAAUGAACCAACAACUAAGGCGAAAACCAGUGGUAUAUUAUCGUCCACAUAUGUGGUAUGAGAUAUACGUAUAUACACCACAGUUUAUCUUUGUUUAUUUAUAUAUAUCAAUCACUGCGCAUGUAAUA